UCAAAAUGUAUUAGAAUGUCCGUGAGUGUUUUGUGUCGCUUUUUUUAGUGCUCGAAUAAGUUCUUUUUUUUACAUUUAUACAAAAUACGGUGAACCAAUUUGCUGUAAUAAACGAUUAAUUAUAUAUCGCGUUUAUAAUUUAAUUCAUAAAACAAGGUUUCCAGCAACAAACAACAACAAAAAGAAUCGUCGAUAGUAUACUUGUAGUAGUGGUUCUCGUAUAAGUCAUAACUGUUCUACACCUUUGAACGCCGCACCAAAUCUUCUUCUUUUCGCACUUUCAUCGCAAAAAAGUUUUCAUUAACACCAACCAAACGGUCAAUGUAUGCACGAUUGGAGAGACUAGAGCGCUGUAUUGUUGUGUCGUCAUAAUAACAACACACACGUACGAAAUCAAGCAGAAUAAAAAAAAAUCAUAUGCGGCAUUUUAUUGAUAACAUUUUAAAUACGCGACAUGGGAAACCGUCUCUCGUUCCAUUCGUGCUAGUCUGUAAACAGUGAUGUUUAGUGCGCUCUUGUUUCAUUUUAAAUCAGUCUUAUUUGCCUAGGAUUUAUUUAUCGUAAUGAGCAUCAAACAUGUGGUGUUACGUUAUUAUGUAUACUGGGUUCAAUUGUGUAUAACAUGAACUGAAUUCGUUUAAAAAAUAAAUAAUAGAAAAGAAUUUCUCGAUAGUAUUUUUCGAUUGUUAAUAUUUUAGAAAUCUGAUUAGCAUCACCUUCUAAUCGAAAGAGAUGUAUCGAACAGUUCAUCAACACGAAGAAUCUGAAUUGGAUUCAGAGAUGGAUGAAAGGGAUAGCAUUUAUUUAGACACAAUAUCUCUAGCAUCCGAAUACCCAAAUCGGAAAUCGAUGAGUUUGUCACGGCAAACAAUUUAUCAUUCAGCAGAGGAUGUUCAGGGCCAUGCCGCAACGGAUGCAAAUAGUCUAUUCAAGCAAAGUGAACAGUAUGACGGAGCUGCAGCUGGCCAGAUGGCCUAUGGAAAAUAUGGACAAAAUGAUGAGGUCUCUGCACGCCUGCUAAUUUUAAAUAAUAAGAAAACAGUUACAUAUUCGCAGUGGAAGUCUCGGACAUGGCGCCGUUUUCAAGAUGGCGAGCGAACCGUAGAUUUUGUCUUAGCCUAUGCUGCAGAUGAUCCACAUCCACGGAAUGCCGAUAAACGGAAGGCAUUUGAAAGUAAUCUAGAAAAUGAGGGACUUGAAUUGGAGCGAGAAGAAACGCAAAAAAUUCAUUUCGUCAAAAUCCACGCACCAAAGAAAGUGCUUUGUAGUUACUGUGAAAUUUUAAAAAUUAAGAUGCCAAUCAAGCGGGUUCCGGAACAAGACGAUAUAAUUGCACCGGAGUUUCAACUUAUGCAGAGUAUGAAAUCGUUCUUUGGCAGGCCAUUCGAUUUCGUCAAAUUGGAUCCGAAUUUAUUCCCGGAUAAGGAGUACAAGCUGACGCAUUCGUAUUCGCGGAACUACAAAUAUUUAUUCGACAUAGAUAGUGACGAUUUUGUUUGUCAAUCAACUAGCAUAGCCGUUGUUCAAUUUAUCUUGGAGCGACAGCGUUUUAGCGAUGACGACGAAAGUCACAACAACGUUGGAAUCGAAAAACUGCUUUCCGAUGGUGUUUAUCAAGCAUCAUAUCCGCUACAUGAUGGAGAUUGCAGCAUACCCGGUAGUCAACGAUCUUUAUUGUUUAAUGAGUGGGCGGCUGUUAAAAAAUGGAUCAAACACCAACCGUUGGACAAUAUCAAAGAAUAUUUUGGUGUGAAAAUUGCUCUCUAUUUUGCAUGGUUGGGUUUCUACACGCACAUGCUAAUUCCAGCUUCAGUGGUUGGCAUCUUAUGCUUCCUGUAUGGUUUGAUUACAUUAUUCUCGAAUACUGUGAGUGAAGACAUCUGUCAUCCCGAAAACGAUAUUAUCAUGUGUCCGCAGUGUGAUAAUCAGUGUGAUUAUUGGUACCUAAAAAGCACAUGCGUUUACUCGAGGAUUAGUUACUUGUUCGACAAUAACAUGACCGUUCUGUUUGCCUGUUUUAUGUCGUUUUGGGCUGUGCUAUACUUGGAACUAUGGAAGAGAUACUCAGCGAAAUUGGUUCAUCGAUGGGGUUUGGCUGAUUUUUCGCAUCAGGCAGAACAUCCACGACCACAAUAUCUUUCCCGUUUGCGAAAAGUUGAAAACAAAAAGUUCAACGUCAUUCAUCGGGUAUUGGAACCACACGUACCAUUCUGGAAAGUCAAAUUUCCAGUGUACUUAAUGAGUUUCUCGGUCAUUUUCCUGUUUAUUUGUCUAGCUGUAGGGGUAGUAUUUGGUAUCACAAUCUAUCGCAUGUCGUUAAUAUACUCACGGAAAAUGUACAGCGAUUCGGACAACAUUUCCUAUCAAAUCAUUUUCUUGCCUGCAACGGCGGCCGUUCUAAAUUUAAUUAUCAUCACCGCUCUCAACUAUUUGUACGAUUAUUUGGCCGUUUAUCUGACGAAUUUGGAAUAUCGACGCACUCAAACGGAAUACGACGAAAGUCUGACGUUGAAGAUCUACCUGUUCCAAUUCGUCAACUACUACAGUUCAAUUUUCUACAUUGCCUAUCUGAAAGGAAAGUUUGUCGGUUCGCCAGCUAAAUACAACCGAAUUUUCGGUUUUAGACAGGAAGAAUGUAGUCCGGGUGGCUGCUUAAUGGAAUUGUGCAUUCAAUUGGUCAUUAUUAUGGUGGGCAAACAAUUGCUGAACGCCGUACUGGAAAUGUUGAUUCCAUUUUUGUACAAAUCAUUUAACACAGUACGCAACAAAAUGUACAAGACUGACGAAAAUGACGGAAGUGUUCAGUUGAUUUCAUGCAAUCAAUGGACAAAUGACUACAAAUUACUAGCAUGGAGCCCGAGGGGACUGUUCGAUGACUACUUGGAAAUGAUUAUCCAGUAUGGUUUUGUUACGCUUUUUGUCGUGGCCUUUCCGCUGGCUCCACUGUUCGCUUUACUGAACAACGUGUUCGAAAUGAGAUUAGAUGCCAAAAAGUUCCUAAAAUAUUAUCGACGACCUGUUCCUACUCGCGUCAAGGACAUCGGAGUUUGGUUCAAUAUCAUGGCCAUUCUGGGACGAAUAGCUGUCGUGUCGAGCGCAUUUAUCAUUGCAUUUUCGUCCAAUUUCAUUCCGCGUAUGGUCUACAUGAUACGGGUCAAUGCUAAUCAUACCGACGAAGGCUAUCUGAAUCAUACCCUAGCUUAUUUCAAUACCUCAGAUUUUCAGAUCGGAACAGCUCCGUUAAAUUCGACAUUCGGACAUGUACCCAUCUGCCGAUAUCCCGAAUAUCGUAAUCCGCCAUGGUCAGAUGCACCAUACAAACGACCAGUUAUUUAUUGGCACAUUUUGGCUGCUCGUUUAGCUUUCCUUGUGGUGUUCCAGAAUGUCGUUGGUUUCGUGCAGAUGUUGGUUGCAUGGGCUAUUCCCGAUGUGCCACGAAAACUUAGCGAUCGCAUCAAACGUGAGGAAUAUUUGACGCGAGAAAUCAUCAUCGAUCAUGAGCUACAGCGUGCUGCCACCGCUCGAGAACGGGAACGUGAACAAUCACCGCAGUUGACGAAAAAUUUUGAAAAUGUUUUCCGAUUAAGGAAAUCGAAUGGCGACAAUACUGCCAAUACGGAGUUAUGAUGACGACUGAUGAUGGUUUUGUUGUUGGUGAUGCUGCUGGUGAUUUAGUGAAUGAACGUAAUGAACGGAGUAUUACGUUUUAAGUUAAGUUUAGCGGUUAAAUUAAUUUAUUGAAUGGUUUUACAUUGUGAACAAAAAAAGACGAGUGCAAUUAUUUUCAGAUCAAAUUUCGAGGUCGAUCACAGAGAUUUUCGAUUUAGUAAGUUAAAUGGGUAUUAAUGAUGGAAAUGAAAAGUUGAUUUUUUCCAAUUAAACGAACUUGGAACACAAAAA